CUAGGUCCAGCCCUAGGGGAGAGGCCGAGGUCGCCCCCGGGGGGGGUGGGGGGGGCGAAGAGGACCGCGCUGCGCUCGCCGCGGUCCGGGGCCGGAGGUCGCCGGGGCGACUGCCCUUCUCUCUCGUGCGGGGCCGGCGCGAGGGGGCGACGCUAAUCGCCCUCCUCGCGGGGCGCGAGGCGCGAAACCAGGUGACCUGAGAUAGGCCUGGCCUGACGAUGUCGAGGUGCCAUCCCCGAUGACGCCGGCGGCGCCCUGGAAGGGCGCCGCGCGGCCUGCGGCACGGCCCGCCGCGCCCUGCCGCGGAGGUGCUGCCGGCCGCCCACUUUGGCUGCUGCAAGUGGCCUCGCUGCUGGCGCUGGGCGCACCGGCGGCGGCGGCCACCAGGUCCUGGCGCCGGGCGCCGGACGAGCGAGCCGAGGUCUCGUCAUGGUGGGGCAGCAGCGACGCGCCGGAGCCCAGCAUGCAGCGGCGGGAGUGCCUCGCCCGGGAGGAGAUGGCAACCAGGAUCUACCCUGUCGAGAAGCACCCCCUAGACUCCUACAUCCUGCGCCUCGCGGUCCCGGCGCUGCCGUCCGUGGGCGACCUGCACCUCAUCGUCGGGGACGUUCAGAUCACCAGGCUGGUCGCGAACCUCCAGCUGCAGCGCAAGGACGACCAGACCUUCUCGUUCGGGCUCCACGGCGACGGCGGCGCGAACAUGGCCAUGGUGGAGGCCUGGGUGGACUCGUUCGACUUCAACAUGCCCCAGUCCACGAUGGACACCUGGAUCAAGGGGCUCUCCGAGACCGAGAACUGGUUCGGCAGCCUGGGCUGGAAGAGCAACUACGGCCAGCUGAAGAAGCUGAAGGUAACACUCAACAUCUCCAUGUCCGGGGACAUCAGGACCGACGAGCACGGGAGCUGGCAGGUGGUGCCGGGUUCGGAGAAGACCCAGGCCAUCUUCAACAUCGGGUCGGGCGGCCUCGUGCUGAGGGUGGUCAACUCGAUCUUGGCGGGCUCAGGGGGCAAGGUAGCCGAGGAGGCGAUCUUCGACAUCUUGUGGCCGAUGCUGGUGCAGCUCCUGCCCGCCUCGGCCGGCGUCGCGCUGGGCGUCGUGCCCAAGGACGAGGGCGACGUCGGCAUCAAGAUCGCGCUGGAGGCGUGGUGCCAGACCCCCGCGGCGCACUCGGUGAGCAACAAGAACGAGAAGCGGCUGUGCCCAGGCCACCUCAUGCAGGUGAAGGCCAAGGUGGAGACCAAGGCGCACGUGCGGGCAAUGCCCGUCCUGGAGAAGAUGGGCGAGAAGAGCGAAGUGGGCGUGCUGGCCGCCCUGGCGGAGGCGUACAGGGGCAGCGCCAAGACGCGCCCCAAGAUGGAGAUCCCUAUGGCGCUGCUCCACGCAAUGACCCCGCAGCUCAGGAGAUGGAGGACUUCCUGCCCCGGGAGGGCAGAAUGUCCAUCAAGGCUGGCGGCUUCGACGUGCGCGACGGCGCGAUCCACCUGCCCGACGUCCAUCUGGACAACCUCAACCUGCCAGUGGGCACCGAGACGGACGACACCAUCGAGAUCAGAGCGACCCUGGACGAGUUCACGGUAG